GUAUUUGUGUUGUCUAGACCGGAUUAUGGUGACAAAAACAGUACCGGACACCGACAUCCAGACUAACUCAAUGAACUCCGGCGCUGGGAGCUAUACGUGGAUUUAAUACAUAUUGUGCGGACUCCUUUUCCUCCUCCGACUCUUUCCUUCCACACUCCGUUCCUCCCUCCUCCACCCCUUCCCUCCCUCCUUCCCCUAACCUCCUCCAUCCCCAUCCCUCUCUCCCCUCCCUCCCCUGCCUGCUAAUUUUUUAUGCAUUUUUCUAAACUGUCAUGGCGAUUUUGUGUCCUUGGAAAUAAAAAGCGCCAGUGUUUUUCGUGGUAACCAGAUGGAUGUCUCGCCGGUGAGAAUCUGUGUCCAGUAUCCGGAGCAGAUGCAGUGAAGGGAUAGAAGAUGAAAAUACACAGAAAGGACAAGCAGCGGAUGUUCACUGGUCUCCUAAAGCACACGCCACCUCUGGCCACAACUGCAGCAGCGUCCUCCUCUUCAUCUUCCUCUUCCUCAUCCUCAGCCUUGGACCAAAACAGUAACGCACAAACUACAAACCCUACAAUCCCUCGGGGACACCUGGUCUUUGGUCCCAAGGACCAGCUCCGCCUACUCACCCCAGUGGGCAGCACGACGACAUCCAAUCAUUGCACGGCCACUGUGGCGCACACUACUAAGCACUCUGCAGGGGCCCCACGACCUCCCUCCUCCUUAAGUGAAGAGGAUGAUGGUGGAGGUGGAGGUAGAGUGAAGAAGAAACGGAAGAAAAAGGACAAGCAAGAAUGGGAAAGAGAGGUGGGGGAAGAGAGAGAGAGAAGCAAACCAUAGGAAAAAGCAAAGAGAAGAAGAGAUGAGAGGGAGGUGACGGUGGUCACACUGAGGAAGAGCAAGGAGCCCAAGCAGGGCAAGGAGAAGAAGGAUCGCAGGAGUAAAGGGAAGGAGUGCAAGAAAGAGAGAGGGGCGGGUCUGAAGAAUGUGGUGAUCGAAAAGUUGUGUGUGGCCACAGGGCCAGCUCAGACGUCUGAUGGAGUGGCUCAAGUGCCGAUUAAGGUGCCUGGUAAAAGAGGGAGGAAGCCGAAGGUCAAGAUCCUACCUCCACUACCAGCAAACCAAGCAGCAACUCCUGCUCCUCCUCCACCAACACUUCAUGUCAAAGUCCCAGUACAGAUGCAGAAAACCCAGGCCAAGAACCAUGGCCAGGGUCACAGUAAGACCCUAGCACCCUCAGCACCCAAACAGAGGGGCCGUAAACCCAGAGAUCCUGGUGCUGCGCCAGUGGAGAAGAAGAAGAAGGGUAAGCGGAGAAACCAGGAAGCAGCUGUACAGGAAGGAGCAGAGAGUGACGACACUACCUCACUGUCCACCCUGAACAUGGGUGGGGAGGACAGCCAGGACCAGCUGGAUAAUGCGAAGAGGCGUUCAGGGCGGCAGGUCAAAAGGAGGAAGUACAACGAAGACCUGGACUUUAAGGUGGUGGACGAUGAUGGGGAAACCAUCGCUGUCCUCGGAGCUGGACGCAUCGCUGCACUCAAUGCCACAGCUCUGGCAUGGCAGGCUGAGGAACCACCUGAGGACGAGGCCAACAUCAUUGAGAAAAUUCUAGCUGUCAGAACACCCAAAAAAGAGACGACACUGUCAGAAGAUCAGGCCGAGGAAACGGAAGAGUUCUACGUCAAGUACAGGAAUUUUUCUUACCUUCACUGUAAAUGGGCGACGCUGGAGGAGCUGGAGAAAGAUCCCAGAAUCCACCAGAAGAUUAAGCGUUUCAGGACCAAACAGGCUCAGAUGAAACAUCUGUUCACAGAGCCUGAUGAAGAUUUAUUUAAUCCAGAUUAUGUAGAGGUGGACAGAGUGCUGGAGGUUGCUGUCACCACAGAUACUGAGACUGGAGAGGAGGUGACACAUUACCUGGUUAAAUGGUGCAGCCUCUCCUACGAGGAGGCAACCUGGGAGCUACAGGAGGACCUGGAUCCGGAGAAGAUCAAGGAGUUUGAGGAGAUCCAAAAACUGCCACCUGACCUCAGACAUGUUGAGCGCCCUGCUCCAGACAAAUGGCAGAAGUUGGAGCAGUCCAGAGAUUACAGGAAUGGAAACCAGCUCAGAGAAUACCAGUUAGAGGGAAUGAACUGGUUACUGUUCAACUGGUACAACAGAAAAAACUGUAUCCUGGCUGAUGAGAUGGGUUUAGGGAAAACCAUCCAGUCCAUCACCUUCCUGUAUGAGAUUUUCAGCAUGGGAAUCCGUGGCCCAUUCCUAAUCAUCGCCCCACUGUCCACCAUUACCAACUGGGAGAGAGAGUUUCGCACCUGGACGCACAUGAACGUCAUUGUGUACCACGGUUCCCAGAUCAGUCGACAGAUGAUCCUGCAGUACGAGAUGUUCUAUAGAGACUCACAGGGUAACACCAUCCCCAGUGUGCUGAAGUUCCAUGGGUUGAUCACCACCUUUGAGAUGAUCAUGGCCGACUGUCCGGAGCUGAAGAAGCUGCAGUGGCGAUGCGUGGUCAUCGAUGAGGCGCACAGACUGAAGAACAGGAACUGCAAACUCCUGGAGGGACUCAAACUCAUGAAUCUGGAACACAAGGUACUGCUGACAGGAACUCCACUGCAGAACUCAGUUGAAGAGCUGUUUAGUCUGUUGAACUUCCUGGAGCCGCUGCAGUUUCCUUCAGAGAGCAGCUUCCUGGAGGAGUUUGGAGACCUCAAGACCGAUGAGCAGGUUAAGAAGCUCCAGGCCAUUCUAAAGCCCAUGAUGUUGAGAAGACUAAAGGAUGACGUAGAAAAAAACCUGGCUCCUAAAGAAGAAACGAUUAUAGAGGUGGAGCUGACCAACAUCCAGAAAAAAUACUACAGAGCCAUUUUGGAGAAGAACUUCUCCUUCCUGUCCAAAGGAGCAAACCAACACAACAUGCCCAACCUCAUCAACACUAUGAUGGAGCUUCGCAAGUGCUGCAACCAUCCUUAUCUCAUCACAGGAGCUGAGGAGAAGAUUCUGGAAAGCUUUAAAAAGAGCCACAGUCCAGAUUCUCUGGACUUCCAGCUGCAGGCCAUGAUCCAGGCUGCAGGGAAACUGGUGCUGAUUGACAAGCUGCUGCCCAAACUGCUGGCAGGGGGACACAAAGUCCUGGUCUUCUCCCAGAUGGUCCGCUGUCUGGACAUCCUGGAGGACUACCUCAUCCAAAGACGGUAUACAUAUGAACGCAUCGACGGCCGCGUGCGUGGGAAUCUGCGACAAGCCGCCAUCGACCGCUUCUGUAAACCGGACUCGGACCGCUUUGUUUUUCUCCUGUGCACCAGAGCAGGAGGACUGGGGAUCAACCUGACCGCUGCUGACACCUGCAUUAUCUUUGACUCGGACUGGAACCCUCAAAACGACCUGCAGGCUCAGGCUCGCUGCCACCGGAUUGGUCAGAGCAAAGCAGUGAAAGUCUACAGAUUGAUCACCAGGAAUUCGUACGAGAGGGAAAUGUUUGACAAAGCCAGUCUGAAGCUGGGACUGGAUAAAGCCGUCCUCCAGGACAUCAACCGGAAAGGAAGCCUCAAUGGGGUGCAGCAGCUUUCUAAACUGGAGGUGGAAGAUCUGCUGAAGAAAGGAGCAUACGGUGCUCUGAUGGAUGAAGAAGACGAGGGCUCUAAGUUCUGCGAGGAAGACAUUGAUCAGAUUCUUCAGAGAAGAACUCAGACCAUCACCAUCCAGUCUGAGGGGAAAGGGUCAACAUUUGCUAAGGCCAGUUUUAUCUCAUCUGGAAACAGAACUGACAUUUCUUUGGACGACCCCAACUUCUGGCAGAAAUGGGCCAAGAUCGCUGAGGUGGAGAUCGAUUCUAAGUCUGAGAAGGAGUCCCUGGUUAUCGACACUCCUCGGGUGAGGAAACAGACUCGUCAUUACAACUCCUUUGAGGAUGAUGAACUGAUGGAGUUCUCGGAGUUAGACAGUGACUCAGAGGAUCGACCAUGUCGGAGUCGAAGGCUGGGUGAACGGAGCCGUCGGUACCUCAGGGCUGAGUGUUUCCGUGUGGAGAAAAAUCUUCUUAUUUUUGGCUGGGGUCGUUGGAAGGACAUCCUCAACCACGGAAGGUUUAAAUGGCACCUGGCUGAGAGAGACAUGGAGGUGAUCUGCAGAGCACUGCUGGUUUACUGCCUGAGACAUUACAAAGGUGACGACAAGAUCAAGAGCUUCAUCUGGGAUCUGAUCACACCCACCAAGGAGGGGCAGGACCAGGCUCUGGUCAACCACUCUGGUUUAUCCGCUCCAGUUCCUCGUGGUCGGAAGGGGAAGAAGAUGAAGAACCAGUUGAACGCUCCUGAUGUGAAGAGUGCAGACUGGCUGGUCCACUGUAACCCUGAGGUGGUUCUGCAGGAUGAGAGCUACAAGAAGCAUCUGAAGCAGCACUGCAACAAGGUGCUCCUGAGGGUGAGGAUGUUGUAUUACCUGAAGGUGGAAGUGCUGGGUGAGGCUGCAACUCAAGCCAUGGAGGGGGCACCUGCCAGUAAACUGGAAGUGUCUCUACCAGAUAUUGACUACAUAGAGAUCCCAGCAUCCUGGUGGGAUGCAGAUGCAGACAAGUCUCUUCUCAUAGGGGUCCACAAACACGGAUAUGAGCGCUACAAUGCCAUGCGUGCUGAUCCUGAGUUGUGUUUCCUGGAGAGGGUUGGGAUGCCGGACGUCACUGCACUGUCUGUUGAACAGGAAGGACCAGAGGGAGCUGCAGACGUGGCUGAAAGUGGGCCCAAAUCAGGGGAGGCACAAAAGGAGGAGUCUGGAAAAGUUGAUGGACCGGAGGAGCGAGAGGAGAACAACAAGGGGGAGGAAACCUGCUCCAGCACUGAGACCACAGACAAACCAGACAGCACAGGUCCAGACUCCCAGUCUUCCACUGACAUCCGCAUUCAGAACGGAACGCUUGUCACAACGACCACAACAACAGGAACAGGAACAGGCGUGGCAUCGCUGCAUGUGGUCCAGGCCCGACCCGUCUGGCCCAGUGGCCCCGCUUUAACGGCACGUGUACGUCGGCUCAUCACCGCCUACCAGAGAUUCACGCUGCGGCGAGAACCUCUGCUCAGGAACGACUUCCUGCUUCACGACAACCUCGUCAGCAUGGGGAUGGCUGGAGGCGGCGCCUCGCACAGUCACCACGCUGGUGGAUCACAGCAGUGGCAGCUGAGUGAGGAGCUGAGGAGGUGCUCUGUGGUCAGCGCAGAAAAUGAUCCGCUGUUUCUGGAGUGGCAGAGAAGAUGGACUCGUCGAGAGCAAGCAGACUUUUACCGCACUGUGUCGUCGUUCGGGGUGGUUUAUGACCCAGAGAGGAAAACCUUUGACUGGUCCCAGUUCAGAGCAUUGGCACGACUGGAGCGGAAGACGGACGAGAGUCUGGAGAGAUAUUUCAACUCCUUUGUCAACAUGUGCAGGACGGCCUGUAAGCUGCCCCCGAGGAAGGAAGAAGGGUUGGUGGAUCCCACACUGUUGGUUGAACCUCUGACAGAAGAGAGAGCAGCGCGGACUUUGUACAGGAUUGAGCUGCUGCGCAAAAUCCGAGAACAGGUUCUCCGUCACCCAUUACUUUCAGCCCGCCUCCAGCUCUGCCGUCCCUCCCUGUACCUCCCAGUGUGGUGGGAGACGUGCAAGCACGACCGUGACCUCCUUUUGGGGGCAGCACACCAUGGUUUGAGUCGAACAGACUUUUACAUCCUCAAUGACCCCCAGCUGAGCUUCCUGGAGGCUCACAGGAACUACGUCAGGGGCCAGCACCCUCAUAUUCACCCUCAGUCUCAUCACCACUCGUCCCUGGCUCCUCAUUCUGGCUCCCUGUCCUCCUCCUUGUCUCACACAUCUCUGUCCCACCCUCACUGCUGUCUGUACGAUUCGGGCCUUAGUCAGCACUCACCCCAGCCUCCAGAAUACCCUCACCAGUCUUCCCACCACCCGCAGCAUCACAUUGUGCCUCCACCUCCUUCUACCUGCUCCUCUCACCCACACCUUCAGCCUCCACCUCUGGACACCAGCGAUUCUGCAUCUCCAAGCCUGGGAAUAGUAUCUGGAUCACGGAGAGAUUUCCUGGACAGUCCUCACCUGGAGGAUCCCUUGGAGCUGAGUUCUCUGCAGCACGACAUGUCCACCGACCCCCUCCAUGGAGGGAAGACGUCCAAAGACGCUCUCAACGGUUUCCCCUUUAACUCGGCAGCAGGAGGUCAAAGCAUGCUGAACUCGUACGGUGUAGGAGGAACCGAUCUGGACUCUAAACUGAGGAGUGAUGUCCUGGUGGGGGAGCAGGGCUCGUCUGAGGAGACUGGGCUGAUGGCACCGUCGGUGGAACUGGACAGGUUACAGGCUCCAUGGGAUGGUACUGACCACUCCAGUCCUGCUCACCACAUGUUCAAUGAGUCUGACCCCAUCCUUGGCCCCUCUGCUCUGGAGACUGGUUUCCUGGAGGAGGAGGAUGAGGAGGCACAGGGCAGAGACAGGGAAGGGGAAGAAGGAGGAACUCUGGAGGAAUGUUUGGGUCUCCCACCUUCCUCCCCCUCCCACCCAUCAGCAGGAGAUUCUGUUGAGCCACUGUCCUCGAGUUACAUGCUCUUCAAGGACAUUGGUGUGAGUGAGGAACCCAGUGCAGAUCAGACAGACCUGUCAGCCAGCCCCCCUCCUCCUUACGUUCCCCCUCCUCCUUUCUCUCUGUCUGAUAUCACCACGCACGAUCCUCAGGACAGGCUGGUUCAGUCUGACGUCACUGAGAGCCUGUCCAAUCCGGUGGAUGAGGAGGAGGACCAGGAAAGAGGAGCUGGGUUCCAGUUUGAUGACAAGGAAGAAGAGGAGGAUGGAGAGUUCAGGGAGGAGAGCAUGGAGCACAGUGUUCAAAAACUAGGCAGUCAAGGUUUGGAGAAAGAGCAACACGACGCAUACCAAGAUGAAAAUUUGGAAGAACUGAACCCACACCUGGACCAGAGUGAGGGUCUGCAGGAACAGGAAGAGAAGAUGGAGGUCUCAGGGCAUCAGAAAUCCACAGAACAAGGAGAACAAAAGACAGACUUUUCCCAAGAUGUGCAUCAUUAUCUCGGGAAGAUGGAUCAGUGCCCAGCGGCGAUUGAAGAUCCCGGAGAAGAGGAGGACAGGAUGAUCAUGUACCAGACGGAUGACGCAACCACGGUGGAAAACUCUACAGAAUCUGGAGAGUUUCUUCAAGUGAGAACCGCUGUGGAACGGUCCAGUGGGGAUGAUUUAAUGGAGCACUCAGAGCUUUCAGAUCAGCUGGAUGAAGUGGUUGAAGGUCAGAUGGAUCACGUCCCUCUGACGGAAGUGCCACUGGGUCAGUCAGGUGUUGAAAUGGAGAUGAAAGAUUCCAAUGCCAAAGAUGGUCACAUGGAUCUGGACAUUUACUCUGAAUGUACUCAAUCUUCCUCUGGACUUCCUGCUUCUUUCUCAACUGUGACAUUUGUAUCGAAGCCUGAUGAGAUCUUCACACAGAGCGGUGGAGGAGAGGACAAAACUGACGGUGUCACUGAUCCAAAUUCAGGUGAAGAUUGCAAGAAUAAAGCUCAGACAAUCCUGCAUGUUGAGGUCAACAACGACAAUCUUCAACAGAAUGAAAUUAUAGUUGCCUGUGAUUUAUCUGAGAUCGUCAGCGACUCAAAACCCUCUGAUCUAUGUGUUCCUCUACCUUCACCAGAACCUGACCUAGAGCAGAAACCACUGCCAGCAGAUCUACCAAUCAAGUUAGAGGAGACCAAGAUGGAGAAUGUUGAAGAAGCGUUGCCCAUGUACCCUGACAGCUCUGUAGUCAAACAUGAAAAACCUCUUUUUGACCCCCAACGGACAGACGACCUGGUGACCAAAGGUGAGCAGAUAGAUUAUCCUCUGAGAGAAGAAGAACUGGAGUGCAAACCUGAAGAUCUGAGCCUUCACAUUAAAUCAGAGAACUUAGACAGUAAAGCAGAGGUUCUUCAGUUUGCAUCCUUCUCAGAUGGAUCUGAAGUCAAAUCUGAGGCCAAACCAGUGGCUCUGUGCUUCACUGCAUAUCCACGUGGACCAAAAUUUAAAAAUGAGGCAAAACCAGAAGGUUUUAUCAACACAGCUUUUCAUGACUCCAUCAAAUCUGACACCAAACCAGAAGGUCUGGAGUUCGCAGCCUACCCAGACAGCUCUGAGGUCAAACCUGAGGCCAAGUCAGGCCCGCUGGAUUUUUCAACUCCAACUGGAAUAAAAACUGAGUUGAAGCAGGAGCUGUUGGAGGCCGACAGCACCGUCCUCACCCCGAAGCUUGAGCAGACGGAUGGGCUGGUUGACUCCUCAGAGAGCCUGGUGGAGAAAGGACAGGUGAAGGAGGAGAGUCCGGUGACCUCAGUGCCUCUGGUGGAAGGUUACGCAGACAGCUCCAGGUUCAGGUCUCCCAUUUCCAUAUGUGAGAUCCCUGAUGGCCUCCAUGAUGCCAGGGAGCCGACCAUCGCACAACUCUUGCAGGAGAAAGCACUUUACUCCUUCUCAGAGUGGCCAAAGGACCGUGUGAUCAUCAACCGCCUGGACAACAUAUGCCACGCCAUCCUGAAGGGGAAGUGGCCUUGUCCUGGGGAGCAGCACGACUCACUGGGCUCCCUGCCCACGAACCCCUGUCUUUCCAACAGCUUAGCCCAGCAUCACCACCACCACCAACGGACAGGAUUCCUCCCCUCCACUUCAGCCUCCUCCAUCACGGGGCAGGCUCGAGUUCAGCAGACCACUCCUGGACUGGGCUUCUCCAUCCCGCCUCCUCUCACUAGAAUACCCAAGUACAUGCCACGGGGCAGCGCGUGUGGGCGCGGAGCUUGGCGCCUCACCUCCUUGCCUCUCUUACAGGAGAGACUCGUGGCUCCUCCUUUCCUUCCUGAGCUCAAACGUGCAGGAGGAGGUCGCAGGUCUUUUGACUACGAGGCUGUUGCAGCUGCUGCCAAGGCUUUAGCUGGGAAGUCAGCCCCGCCCGGCCACACAGCUGCUGCUGCUGCCAGCUCCAGUGGUGAGAAGGGGCCGGUGGUGGCUCCGCCUUCUCAUCGCUCUGGUGCCAUGUUGAUCAACGGUUGGCAAGAAGCAGCCAUUGAUCUAACUAAGUCGUCUACAGAAAUAAGCACUACCAGUGGCUCUGGGUCUGCUGAGCCGGUGGUUGCACCAGGAGGUGAUUCUGGCAGCGGUCACAAGCUGCCUCCGCUACCUCCCAUCACUGCACCACUGCCUGGUUCAGUGGGAAUUGACAUGGCAGGGAUACUGCAGGCGGGGCUAAUCCAUCCUGUAACGGGGCAAAUAGUUAAUGGGAGCCUGAGGGGAGAUGACUCCUUGAGGAGAAGGAGAGGAGGAAGGAGAAGAAACGUGGAAGCACUCUAUUCUGAGUUCACCAAGAGCCGAGGACUGCACGUUCCUGAGACACAGGGCCGGAUGGAGGUGAUCAGUCACUCCUCUGUCUCCUCUACCUCCUCGCCGUCUCCCUCACCUUCAGAGAGACCUGUAGGUCCACCCACUCCAUCCUCUUCUUCUACUCCCACUCCAACACAAACGCCUCCGCAGCCAGAGAUUGUAGCCAUCGACCGAGAGGCCGCCAGCAAAGGUCUGAUGGAGUGGCUUAGGCAGAAUCCAAGCUACAGCAUGGACCUGCCCGCGUUUGCUCACUCUGGAGCAGGCCUUUUACAUGGCUUCAUGGAGCGUCCUAAACAACGGAGACAUCGCUGUAAAGACCCCACCAAGCUGGACAUCAGCACUCUGACCGGGGAGGAGAGGGUUCCUGUCGUGCACCGAGGAACGGGACGACGGCUUGGUGGCGCCAUGGCUCCAGCUAUAAAAGAGCUCUCCAGGUGGUUGGAUGCCAACUCAGAGUAUUAUGUAGCUCCAGACUGGGCUGAUGUGGUCAAACACUCUGGUUUUCUUCCUGAGGGAAAGUUCUCCCGCAUAUUGACUGAACCCGUCAACCGAGACCCCAGCGCUCGGCGUCGAGGCCGCAGGCCGCGCAAUGAGAUGCCUAAACCGCUGCUGCCCGUCUCUGAUGCCUCCACCUCCGGCCUUGGCCCCACCCUCUUUAUGAACGGUGGAUUAAUCGGGAGCAUGGACUCGAUGGUGGCCAUGCAGAACCUGCGUGGUGGUAUUCCGGGCAUUCCCAUAUCUGGAAUCAUGGCAGCUGGAUUUCCUCAUGGUUUCCCUGUCCAGGCGGGAGCAGCAGGAGCGUCAGCAGAAGACGCUAAAAACGGACUCAGCAUGUUGCCUAUGAUGUUGCACGGCAUCCCGCAUCCACACGGGGGUGCCAUCUCACAGCAUGCUUUGUUCAGCGUUGGUGCAAUGAUGGCACACACUCCACCUCCUCCUCCACACACUAGCGCCUCUUCCGCCUCAUCCACAUCCUCUUCCUCUGUAGUGUCUGGGUCUAAGGUUACCAUGACGACGACAGCAGCACCGACAUCAGAGGCAGCCAGCCCUUCAUCUACCACACCUGCAGAGAGAGAAGGAGCCACCUCCGAGAAAGAGAGGAGCCAAGAAGACAAAGGAGGAGAGGAGGUCGGCAAAAGGCCAGGAGGAGUGGAGGCAGAAAUCAUCAGCACCUCCACCACCAGGCCCCACCUGGGACCUGCUCAUCUCACAGCCAGUACCAGCAGCCAUCUCACCUUCAACCCCUUCCUGAUCCCAGGAAUGUCCCACGGUCUAUUGUACCCUCACAUGUUCUUACCACACGGGGGCAUCAUGGCGCUGCCUGCCAUGCCCCCAGGUGUUGUUGACGGUUCCCCGGGGAGCCCCAAGAGGAGGAGGAAGAAGGGGCGGGAGGAAGGGGUGAGAGAGGAGGAGAGAGAGAAAUCAGCAACGGGAGACUCGGAGGAGAUAAAAAGUACAGUUAAGGCUACUUUCACCUCCCACCCCAGCGUCUCCUCGUCCCCCACUUCCUCCUCUACCUCGGCUCUGGACCCAGGCCCGCCUCCGACUGAAGAACCCCAGACUGGGCUAGAGAGCAGAGAGGUCGGGCGUUCAGAGGGACUGGACUCCCUUGAUCUCCCUGAGGGGGCAGUAGAGGGGGAAUCUGUGGGAGAAACCAAGGAAACAGUAAGUGAGGAGAAGCAGGAAGCUGAGGAGCAGAGACAGCUGAAAGAAGAGGAAGCAUAGAGGAGCUGCAGGAGGAGACCAAGUGCAGAGUACAGAGAGACAAACAGCGCCCCCUCUGUCCUCGUCGUUGCUUUUUACUCCGCAGAGCAACACUGUAAAGUUUGUGCCGUGUCUGUCAGUAAAUGUCCAUGUAAAGACUUUUAUCAUGACAAUGACUAAUAAUAAUGAUGACGAUGAAGAUGAUGAUGAUGAAUAUAAUCAACUUGGUCAUGUUAAAAUACCAACUCUCACCCCACCUCCUCAUUCUCUCCUUGUAUACAGACAAGUGUAAAAAAAUUCUUCAGUGUAUUCUCCCCUUUCAUUCUACAUCAAGAGUCACACACACACACACACACAUACUGGUUCAAGACGAUCAGUUUGGACAAAGGUUGUGGAUCUGAGGUUGGACAUGACUAGUCCAGGUCACACCUCUUUAUCACAUCUAAUUUUUCAACAAAAUUUAGGGAAACACGAGAAGCUUGAGACAAAUGUUCAUUACAAACAUCACUGUCAAAACAAUCAAUCAACAAUCAAGGUUUUCCAAGAAGAAAGACAACAAUCCUGGAAGGAUUUUAAACUAUUCUUUUUUUUUUUUACUUUCAUAAUGUUCAGCAGAAAGACAACAGUUUUUCUCUUUUUUUACACUUUUAGUGUGAAUUUGGUCAAACCCAUAACACUUCAAUUUUGAGUUCACAUAAAAGUGUUUUUAAAACAUAAAAGUUCAGCACAGCUGUUCAAAUGAUAAAAACCAGGAACGUUUUUGUCGAGAAGUACACAUUUUUUUGUUAACUGAAUUAGGGAAACCAUUAGUCUGUUAUUAUUUGAACAAAAUAGUUUAUAAUAUGUAUAUUUUAUUUUUAUUAUAAUUUCACUACAAUCUUUUCUGUGCCGACGCUGCUAAAAGUUCUCCGUAAGAAGUGAAGCCAGUUUAAAAACUGGAAACUUUCACUUUUUAAACCAAAUCAUUUUAGUUAACAAGCGAUUUUUCUCAGAUCGUGACACAAUUGCACUUUGGAAGGACAUCUCUGAGGAGAUGGCUGUAAAAAAAGAAGCAACCACAGGGGGCGGGAGCAGCCAGAUUGUAGCGGCUUUUGUUCAGAGAUAAUGGAGAAAAAAGAAAGGAUUUUUUUUAUUUCCCCCUCCAGAUCACAUUUACUUAGUGACUCGGUUUAACAGUGGCUCAUUUUUUUUAACAAAAACAAACAAACAAAAAAAACCUGACCAUCACAACAAUUAUUUUAAUUUUUAUUAUUUUCUCCUUUUUGCCCAUUGUGAGAUUCCAACACUGUCUGUGCCAUGUGUGCCAGCUGUCCACUGAAAGGGAAGGUUUGUGUUUGGGUUAUUUGUAAUGAUGAUGAAGAUCAGGUCACGGGAGGAGGAGGUACAGAAGGGGAGGGCGGGGGCACCAGUUCGCACUCUUGUGUAAAUCUAUAUCCCUGUAUAUUACUGUUUUGUAUGUGCAUCGUUUCUUUUUAUCAUCUUUUUGGCUCUUUUCUUUUUUUGCAAAAAAAAAGAAAAAAAAAUACUUGACAUAUUUGAGGAGGUUCAACAUGAGGUUGGUCCCAGUGUUUCUGUAGGUACUGUACAUUUGAUGGAUGCAAGAGGCUGGUUUUUAUUCACAACAGGGUCUGUGUCUGUGACUGUUUAUAAAUGUGUGUGUGAGUGUGUGUGUGUGAGAGAGAGAGAGACGUUCCUGUUUGUAAACUCACACCUUUGGUUUUCAUACAUGAAAACAUUAUUUUUGCACAGUGUCUUUUUUGUGUUGAAAAAAAACUGUGUGUGACAAUAUGGAAGUGAGUGUGUGUGAGUGUGUGUGGCGUUUGUCCAUGUGCAUGCAUGAGCACACACACUUCUCUGUUAUGCCUCUGUUUCUGUCUCCAGGUCACAUUUCUCAUUGACAGACGAAACAAACCAUCGUCGUUGCCUUGGUCACACAUUUGUGGCUCCGUGUAAUUUAUUUGACUUUUCUUUUUGCCAAACUUUCACCAAAUACGACUCUGUUUUUCUCUCUGUUUCCUUUUGUAUUAUUAAAAAGUCAAAGGCCUUA